AUGCUGAACCGAUGGGCGAUUCUGAUGGUAACGCUGUUUACCUACUACCUGACAUGUCAUUGUGUGUCAACCUGGCUGAUACGCAGUGGUGAACCUGUCCAACAACGCACUGAUUUCCCUUUCAUUGCACUUUUGAUGACACAUGCAUCCAUGUGCACAGGCUCAUUAGUUUCGACAAGGGCGGUACUCACGGCCGGUCAUUGCGUUUGUGGAGAGACACCAAUCGUUCGGAUUUCGUUCCUAUCACUGAGCGAGUUUGAGCAGAGAACUAUUAAUCAUCAACCUUCUGAAAUUAAAGUUGCACCAGAUUACUAUCCUGUUUGUCAGUUGAAACGAGAAAAUAAACGCAUUACGAAGUCACUUAGUGGUUAUGAUAUGGCAAUUAUAACACUCACUAAUUCGGUCAACCUGGAGACUGGGAUUAAAGUAGUCAGUCUGGCAACUGAAUCGGAUAUACCUAUACCAGAAAGUAUUGUUUAUAUGGUAGGUUAUGGACAGGAUGUUAAGGAUUCUGAUCCGGCCGGUCGAAAUGGUGGAAUUUUAAAAAAAGGUAGCUCUACUGUCAUGGCAUGCAGACACAAAACGUACGGAAAUCCUAUUUGUGUCAAACCUGGUCCAAACUCAAAGCAAAUAGCUGGUCCAGGUGACAGUGGUGGACCUCUUCUUUUCUCUCCUCAAGGUCCAAUUAUCGGAGUGGCGUCAAGUGGCGUAGUCCUUUCGUCUCUUGCUGAUCUAUGCGUUGAGUAUUCUAGUGUGGCAAGAAUGCUUAAAUUUAUACUAUUCAAUAUUUGA